GCAAUGCGACGAUAACAGCCUGAAGCCCAAUGUUCUCAAUAUGAUAAGCUGUCCGAAAAAUUCAAUCAAAUUCAAUCUAGCAGACAGAUUGGUGUUGACACGAACAAUUCAACUCGAAGAAGAUGAAAUACAUUUGGCUGAUUUUACUUGCUGCCUUACCGAUUUUGGCAGAAAAAGCUCUCUACACCAAACUGCUGCAGAGUCCUCAGAAGAACCACAGUUGUUUGAUUCUUGAGCAAAAUUCGGCUCGCACUUUUAAAGGCUUUCAGACAUCCGACACGAAUGAAUUCAAAACAUUCGUUAAACCUGCCAUUUCCGCACCAUCUGAAAUGCAGCUGAGAAUCAACGACACCUCAAGAAUCGUUGAAAUUUACGCAAAGACGAUGCACGUCUUGGAAACCUAUACGAACGCAAUUUGUAGAACCAAGCAAUUGGUUCCGUCGUACUCUAAACAACAAAUUCUGGAAGAUCCAGAAAUCGAAAAAAUUAUCGACGGUGGUGAUCAGGCCAAUCGGAUUGACGUUGUUUUCAUGGGUGAUGGAUAUACAGCCGAAGAACGCGACAAGUUUUUUAGUGAUAUUCGUCGCCUGACCGAUGAUAUGUUCAAUGGCGAUACGUUCCGGUCGUAUCUGCCACUUUUUAAUAUUUGGGCCAUUUAUGUUGAAAGUGUGGAGAGCGGAAUCGGGUACAAUGGUGCUAAAGAUACUGCGUUUCAGCUUUAUAGGUCAGCUGGUCAGUUAAGGGGAAUUUUCCCUGGCAACGCACAGUUUGCACGAGAAAUUUGUCGACUAACAGGACCCAGUGGCUGUGAUUACCCUUCCUUAAUAGGAAACGAUGAUUAUUACGGUGGUUUGGGUGGUGAAUUUGUCAUCUCAACCAAAUCUAAUCGCACAGGUACAGUUGUACUACGUCAUGAAAUGGGACACAAUUUCGUAAAUGUGGGAGAAGAGUACGAUGACGGAUCAGUGUAUUCUGGAGUAAAUUCGGCGCCCUCAUUACCAAUGGUUACGACUAAAUGGGGACACUGGUUAAGUCACGAAAAUGUUCGAGAAGAACGAGCCAUUUAUAGAUUGCUCGAGUAUCCAUGGGCAGACUUAUCUCUUGGCGAACAAAGUUUUACAUUCACUUCGGAUGGACUGUACUCACGAUGGUACCUUGAUUUGUCAGUAAGUGCUGCAGGCGAAGCUGAUUCUCUUGAGUUUAUGCUUGACGGUGAAGUACUUCCAUGGGAGUCACGAGGCUCGGAUGACAGAGAAUUCUAUGAUUGGUCUGGAGAAAUUGGAUUUACUGCAGGUGAACAUGUAUUCUCCGUUCGCUCUAAGACCAAUUCAACAAACGAAGACAUUCCGAGAAUGAUUUGUUCUAUUACUCUGCACGAAUUUGGGAAUGAGGAAGAAUACCACAUGGACAACGAUAUUGUGUCAGCAUACCCAACGUGGGAUGUAAGGAGGCGAGUUACGUAUCGUCCAACAAACGCUGGUUGUCUAAUGAGAAAUAUGACGCACUCGGAACUCUGUCCGGUUUGUAAGGAAGGAAUGUGGUACCAAUUUUUGCAGAGAAUUUCUCUUAUUGACGACGUCACCGUAAGCAACACUCCGAAUGACAACAAAACUAAACGAGUGGAGGUUAACACGUUAAAGCUGGGUCAAUUGAGAGCCCCUGAUAAUGAAGUAGAGGACGAAAGUCUAGAAAUCAGAUGGUUCCAUGGUGGUCAGGAAAGAUCAGAGUUCAACGAUCAGUUUGCAAUUAACGCUGAAGUUGGCUUUUGGUCUGUAGCUGUGCGACUAAUUACACCAGAAGUCAGAUAUGAUCCCAAUGGUCUGUUGCAGGAUUAUAAAAAUUUUACAGUUACAUUCCCAGCCAAUUCGACCAUGCCAUUCGAUUAUUCUGUUGAUCUUAGUUGAAAGAAAGACGACAAAGUCAAUAAAUGAACGUUACCAGACGAAAAA